UACCUACAUGUAGAUAUAGUCACGUCACGAGUGAACAUGAUCAUGAGUUAACAGACACAAACACUCCUGGAACAGACAAUAAGAAGUGGCAGCAUGUUUUACAGCAAGCGGAGGCACUAGCAGCAGAUCUCCAUCUCCAUCUGUCCAAGGGUAAUGCAGACAACCAGCAUGUUGCAGUGACAUUACAUUUGCAGUCACAGAUACAAACAUGCUAUGAAACACUGAUUCUACAGGAUCCAGAAUUUGCUAGCAAACGUAACAUUGACCAAACUCUGUGGAAGAAUUCAUUCUACAACAUCCUUGAAGCUUUCCGUGGACAUUUGUCAGGACACCAGAAGGAUGGAAGUCUUCACAAUCUACUUGCACUAAUUGACAAGGGUGCUUCAUUCUAUGCUGACCUGCUCCAAAAACUACAGAGGAAACACAACUUUAACCUGGAUGACUAUACUCAUCAUCUCAGAACUGAGCCUCCAGCAAGAACUGUAAAGUUAGCAUUGCUGAUUGCACAGAGAAUUCUGCUUUGUCUUGGGGACAUCUCUCGUUAUCGGGAACAGGCCACUGGUUCAGCAAACUUUGGAAAAGCAAGAAGUUUCUACUUGAAAGCUCAGCGCUUGUAUCCCAACAAUGGGCAUCCAUACAACCAGCUUGCCAUCUUGGCAAUAUACACGAGACGGAAAAUGGAUGCAGUUUACUUCUACAUGAGAAGCCUGGCAGCUAGCAACCCAUUUGUGACUGCCAGGGAGAGCCUCAUGACCCUAUUUGAGGAGGUGCGAAGAAAGGUAACUCAGAUGGAAGGGAAGAAAAAGGCUAAUCAGGAGAGUCACCACGGAAAGUUUGGGGAGAAAUGGCCGAAGGUCAGAAGGCAGUACCCUGAAAAAUCAUCGCCACUUCGUCGAGAAGUCUGGAUCCUACCUCCUCAGCUCAGGAAAGGCCAGAUGAAAGGUCUUGUUUCUGGCCUGGGUGUAACUGGGCAGCCAAACACAAAAACACCAUCUGAACUGAUGAAGACCUUUGAGCUGAACUUCCUUCAUGCACAUGGGAAACUUUUCACAAAGACAGGGAUGGAGACCUUCGCUGUGGUAGUGAGCAGAACCCUUCAGGAGUUCCAGAGUCUUCUGCAACUUUCACCAGCAUCUAUUGGAAACAUGAAGCUGCUGCAAGUCAUGGGGAUCAACAUGUUUGCUGUCAGCAAUUUCAACAGGGCCUUUUGUUGUCCAGGCACUUCUUCAGAAGGUUGGACAGAAGGAAUCAAGUCUCCACUUCAGGAUUGUGCUGUGAAACUGGGCAUGGACAUGUUUGGUCUCAUGGUCACAACUGCUGUUCACAAGCUACAACAACAGAGAACCUCCCUUACAAGCUCAGCAAACAGUGAUGGUAGUCAAGAGGGCAAACCCAACACUGAUCUACAAGAGCUGCUGCCCAGUUUAAAAGUUUGGGCAGACUGGAUGACAUGUCAUCGAUCCAUGUGGAACCCUACAACCAGCACACACAGCACUACUAGUCCAGUUGUCAAUACCUGGACAGCACUUGCUGACCUUUGCAAUGAAUUGGAAGAGAGUGACUUGAGUGCUGUCACCAUGGAGGAUGAAAACAGAGAAGGUUUGGAGCCAGUUGUGCUGGAAGAAGACUUUCACCUGGCAGGGUUCCAACCACUCAGCAGCCAGAUCAUCACUGGGGUCAAAUAUGCUUCUUCUUCUUUAGUGCAGAAGGGUGUUGCACAAGACGUAUUGAGAAAGAAGUCUCUGCAGUUAUUUGGCCAGUACUUGUGUGGGAUUGAGAGACCCAUCUUAGUGUGGGAACAUGGCAAGCAUGUCUCCAUUGUCUCCACCAAUCAGGAUGCAGAACAUGCUGCAGGCCAGCUCAAUGUUGCUGCAGAAAAUCUGCAGAUUGAAGAAGAUAUCAUCAUUGAAGCUUGCAUAGAAGAGGAAGAAAUGAAUGCUGAAACUUGUGAUAUGAGCAGAGGCUCAUUCAAAGAAUUGAAGGCCAAAAGGGACUUGCUGGCCAAACUGUUGGAAGAGAAGGAGAAACGGAAAAACCACAUAGAGGCUGUGCUGGAUGACCAGACCUCUGCAGUGCAGAUAGAAGUGGAGGUUGUCCCUGCAUUUCUGAUCCCAGACACCAACAGCUUCAUUGACAACCUGCAUGGUUUGAAGAGGCUUAUUCUCUGCCAGAUGUUCACAGUUGUGGUGCCACUUAUUGUCAUUAAUGAGCUGGAUGGACUGGCACGUGGCAGCAGACAUGAGGAGAAGACCUCUGGGCAUGCUCAGAAGUUACAACAAGGAGCGAUGCUUGCAAUCAAGUUUCUGGAAGAUCAAUUCAGUCACCAUGAUAGCCACUUACGAGCCUUGACCAGCAAGGGUACUAGUCUGGAUACAAUUGCAUUUCGUAACGAAGAUAUGCCAGGACAUCAGGGAAACAACGAUGAUGUGAUUCUGUCAUGCUGUCUUCAUUUCUGUCACGAUGUGGCCAAGGAUUACAUGCCAACCAAAAGGGGUGAACCCAUCAGACUGAAGAGGGAUGUAGUUCUGCUAACAGAUGACCGGAACCUACACCUGAAGGCACACACACACAAUGUACCUGUCAAGGAGAUUCAAGAGUUCAUUCAAUGGUCGGGUCUGUAAAGAGCCCCAGAGAUGAAGGCAGAGACUAGAUAGAACUCAUCUAAAAUUAAAACAUUACAAUAUACUGCCUUUGGUGAUUGGGCCUAUUGCAUCAAGAACAAAAUGGAAGUAACUAUUAAUCAUGGGUGGGUAUGGCUCGCCUUCUUGUUAUAAAAAAGAAGGGAAUGUAACAUCACAUACAAGCAAGAUAUAAAUAUGGAUUAAGCUUAUUGUUACGGACCACAUGUAAUUUUUUCCUAAAACUGUCCAAAAUAUCUUUAGUACUGCCAUCUACAUGCACUGUGUGGUCAUUGUAUGAUAAAAAGAGACAUUAAAUUUCAGUCAUGUGUUUUAAAGUGCCAGUGUUUGUCAUGCCUAAUGGUAUGUUGUUGUACAAGCAUGACAUCUGUCUAUCCAUGCACAGAUUUCACCAGUUGCAGUUCAAGAGAUGGUUAAUAUCCAGAUGCCAUGCUCCCUAGAGCAAGUGACUUGUGAGAAAUACAUGGAUUUAGAUAUACAAAGCAGUCUUGUGAACUAUGCAAAUUUAUAUGUAUAAUGUAUUAUUCACCAUUAUGAAAUACAGUUCAUACGAAAUUUCCA